GGCAAGGUCCAGAGUGAAACUCUGGCCCCAACCCUAGGUUGACCAGAAAGGAGCAGACAGUCAGACCAGGCGGGUCUGGCCUCUCCCGGAUCCUCCAGCCAUGCGGCUCCUCUGGGCACUGGCCUGGCUGUGCAGCCUCUUCGUCUCAUCUCUGCAGAAGCCCAGGUUGCUCCUGUUCUCUCCGUCUGUGGUUAAUUUGGGGACCCCCCUGUCAGUGGGGGUGCAGCUCCAGGAUGCCCCUCCAGGACAGGAAGUGAAAGGAUCAGUGUUCCUGAGAAACCCAAGCAGUGGUCGCCUCUGCUCCCCAGAGAAGAAGUUUGUUCUCAGCUCAAGAAAUGACUUUGCCCUUCUCAACCUUGAGGUACCACUGAGAGAUGUGACGAGCUGUGGCCUCUUCAACCUGAACAGAGCCCCCAACGUCCAGCUAAUAGCUCAAUCUUCCUGGCUAAAGAACUUUUCGCCCAAAGGCACAGACACUCAGGGUGUCAACCUGCUCUUCUCCUCCCGCCGGGGACACAUCUUUGUGCAGACUGAUCAGCCUAUUUAUAACCCUGGCCAGCGAGUUCGUUACCGAGUCUUUGAGCUGGAUCAAAAGAUGCGUCCAUCCACUGACACCAUCACGGUUACUGUGGAGAACUCUCAUGGCCUCCGUGUACGCAAGAAGGAGGUAUUUGCCCCCACUUCCAUCUUCCAAGAUGACUUCAUAAUUCCAGACAUCUCAGAGCCGGGGACCUGGAAGAUCUCAGCUAGGUUCUCAGACGGCCUGCAGUCCAAUAGCAGCACCUACUUUGAAGUGAAGAAAUAUGUCCUUCCCAACUUUGAAGUGAAGCUGGAGCCUCAGAAGCCCUAUAUCGUGACAGAGCCCAGUAACUCUGAGGACAUCCAGUUAGACAUUGAGGCCAGGUAUGUCUAUGGAAGGCCCGUGCAGGGUGUGGCAUACACACGAUUCGCACUCAUGGAGGAACACGGGAAGAAGACUUUCCUUCGGGGCCUGGAGACCCAGACCAAGUUGGUGGAAGGCCAGAGCCAUAUUUCCAUCUCCAGGGGGCAGUUCCAGGCUGCUCUGGAGAAAGUCAACAUUGGGAUGGGAGACCUGGAGGGGCUGCGGCUCUAUGCUGCGGCAGCCGUCAUCGAGUCCCCAGGAGGCGAGAUGGAGGAGGCAGAGCUCACGUCCUGGCGCUUUGUGUCAUCUACCUUCUCCUUGGACCUGGGCCGCACCAAGCGCCAUCUUGUGCCUGGGGCCCCGUUCCUGCUGCAGGCCCUGGUCCGAGAAAUGUCGGGCUCCGCGGCCUCUGAGGUCCCCGUCAAGGUUUCUGCCACGUUGUUAUCUGGUUCCCACUCAAAAGUCAUGACCUUUCAACAGAACACGGACGGGACUGGCCAAGUCAGCGUGCCCAUCCACAUCCCGCCAGCCACCACGGAGCUGCGGCUCCUGGUCUCUGCAGACUCGCUCUACCCAGCCACAGCCACACUCACCGUACAAGCCCCACCUUCCAGCAGCUCUGGCUUCCUGUCCAUUGAGCCUCUAGACCUUCGACCCCCUCGUGUGGGGGACACCCUCACCCUGAACCUGCGGACUGUGAACAUCCCCCGGCCUACCUUCUCUCAUUACUACUACAUGAUCCUCUCCCGGGGCCAGAUCAUGGCUGUGAGUCGGGAGCCCGUGAGUACCGUGACCUCCAUCUCCGUGUUUGUGGACCAUCGCCUGGCACCUUCCUUCUACGUUGUGGCCUAUUUCUAUCAUCAAGGACUCCCAGUAGCCAACUCCCUGCUCAUCAAUGUGCAGCCCGGGGACUGUGAGGGCAAGCUGGAACUGAAGGUGGAUGGCGCCAGGGAUUAUCGUAAUGGGGACAGCAUGAAGCUCCAAGUUCUGACGGACUCCCAAGCCCUGGUGGCCCUGGGGGCAGUGGACACGGCUCUGUACGCCGUGGGUGGCCGGUCCCACAAACCCCUCGACAUGAGCAAGGUCUUUGAAGUGAUGAACAGUUACAACCUUGGCUGUGGUCCUGGAGGUGGGGACAGUGCCCUUCAGGUGUUCGAGGCUGCCGGUCUGGCCUUUUCUGACGGUGACCAGCUAACCAAAACCAGAGCGGCCCUGAGCUGUCCCAAAGAGAAGAAAAGCCGGCAAAGGAGAAGCGUGAACUUCCAUAAAGCCAUGAGUGAGAAGUUGGGUCAGUAUGCUUCUCCCGAAAGCAAGCGCUGCUGCCAAGAUGGGCUGACGAAGUUGCCUAUGACACGCACCUGCGAGCAGCGGGCGGCCCGGGUGCCACAGCCGGCCUGCAGGGAGCCCUUCCUGGCCUGUUGCAAGUUUGCCGAAGCCCUUCGCAAGAACCUCACCAGGAGCCAGGGGGGCCCUGCCCGAGCCCAGGAGGUGCUGCAGGAAGAAGAGCUGAUGGACGAGGACGACAUACUUGUGCGCAGCUUCUUCCCGGAGAACUGGCUCUGGAAAGUGGAGACCGUGGACCGCUCCAAACUGCUGACGCUGUGGCUCCCUGACUCCCUGACCACGUGGGAGAUUCACGGUGUGAGCCUGUCUAAAAGCAAAGGCCUGUGUGUGGCCACGCCCACCCGUGUCCGAGUCUUCCGAGAAUUCCACCUGCACCUGCGGCUACCCGUCUCUGUUCGCCGCUUCGAGCAGCUGGAGUUGCGGCCUGUUCUUUACAAUUAUCUGAAUACUAACCUGACUGUGAGUGUCCAUGUGUCUCCAGUGGAGGGGCUGUGCCUGGCGGGUGGUGGGCUGCUGGCCCAGCAGGUGUUGGUGCCUGCAGGCUCUGCCCGGCCUGUCGCCUUCUCUGUGGUACCCACGGCUGCUGCCUCCGUGCCCCUGAAGGUGGUGGCUCGAGGGUCUUCUGAUCUCUACAUGGGAGAUGCUGUGUCUAAGAUUCUACAAAUUGAAAAGGAAGGGGCCAUCCACAGAGAAGAGAUAGUGUAUGAACUCAACCCCCUGGAUAACAGACGCCGGAGUUUGGAAAUCCCCGGCAGCUCUGAUCCAAACAUCAUCCCUGAUGGGGAUUUCAGCAGCUUUGUCAGGGUCACAGCCUCUGAAGCCUUGGAGACCCUGGGAUCCGAAGGCGCCUUGUCCCCAGGAGGCGUGGCCUCCCUCCUGAGGCUUCCUCGGGGCUGUGCCGAGCAAACCAUGCUCUAUUUGGCCCCUACCCUCACUGCUUCUCGCUACCUGGACAAGACAGAGCAGUGGAGCAAACUGCCCCCCGAGACCAAGGACCACGCUAUGGAUCUGAUCCAGAAAGGCCACAUGCGGAUCCAGCAGUUUCGGAAGAAAGAUGGCUCCUUUGGUGCUUGGCUACACCGCGACAGCAGCACCUGGCUCACAGCUUUUGUGCUGAAGAUCCUGAGUUUGGCUCAGGAGCAGGUGAGCGAUGCCCCCGAGAAGCUGCAGGAGACGGCUAGUUGGCUGCUGACUCAGCAGCUUGGUGACGGCUCCUUCCACGACCCGUGUCCAGUCAUCCACAGAGGCAUGCAGGGGGGCCUGGUAGGGGCGGAUGAGACGGUGGCACUCACCGCCUUCGUGGUCAUCGCCCUUCACCAUGGGCUGGCCGUCUUCCAGGACGAGGGCGCCGAGCAGCUGAAACUCAGGGUGGAAGCCUCCAUCUCCAAAGCAAACUCGUUCUUGGGGCAGAAGGCAAGCGCUGGGCUUCUGGGCGCCCACGCAGCCGCCAUCACAGCCUACGCCCUGACGCUGACCAAGGCCUCCGAGGACCUGCGGAAUGUGGCGCACAACAGCCUGAUGGCCAUGGCUGAGGAAACCGGUGAAAACAUCUUCUGGGGCUUGGCCAUCGGCUCCCAGGACAACGUCGUGUCGCCCACUGCAGCGCCCCGUGGUCCAUCUGACCCUGUGCCCCAGGCCCCGGCCCUGUGGAUCGAAACCACAGCCUACGGUCUGUUACACCUGCUGCUGAGGGAGGGGAAGGGAGAAAUGGCCGACAAGGCUGCAUCCUGGCUUACCCACCAGGGCAGUUUCGCCGGCGGAUUCCGCAGUACUCAGGACACAGUGGUCACCCUGGACGCCCUGGCUGCGUACUGGAUCGCUUCCCACACCACCGAGGAGAAGGCGCUCAACGUGACGCUCAGCUCCACUGGCCGCAAUGGGUUCAAGACCUACUCGCUGCAGCUCAACAACCACCAAGUCAAGGGUCUGGAGGAGGAGCUGAAGUUCUCUCUGGGCAGCAAGAUCAAUGUGAACGUGGGAGGAAACAGCAAAGGCACCUUGAAGAUCCUGCGCACCUACAAUGUCCUGAACCUGAAGAACACAACUUGCCAGGACCUUCAGCUGGAAGUGACGGUCACGGGCUAUGUGGAAUAUACACGGGAGGCCAACGAGGACUACGAGGACUACUACGGAGAGUAUGACUCGCUGGCCGCAGAUGACCCCGGUGCCCACCCGCAGCCGGUGACACCCCUGCAACUGUUCGAGGGUCGCAGGAGCCGCCGCAGGAGGGAGGCCCCCAAGGUGGCAGAGGAGCAGGAGUCCAGAGUGCAGUACACUGUGUGCAUCUGGCGCAAUGGUGACGUGGGCCUGUCUGGCAUGGCCAUCGCAGACAUCACCCUCCUGAGUGGGUUCCAUGCCCUGAGGGCCGACUUGGAGAAGCUGACCUCCCUCUCUGACCGCUACGUGAGCCACUUUGAGACCGAUGGGCCCCAUGUCCUACUGUACUUUGACUCGGUCCCGACCACCCGGGAGUGCGUGGGCUUCGGAGCCUUGCAGGAGGUGGCUGUGGGGCUGGUGCAGCCGGCCAGUGCCGUCCUGUAUGACUACUACAGCCCCGAUCACAAGUGCUCUGUGUUUUAUGCCGCACCGACCAAGAGCAAGCUUCUGUCCACCCUGUGCUCAGCAGACGUCUGCCAGUGUGCUGAGGGGAAGUGCCCUCGACAGCGAAGGGCUCUGGAGCGAGGCGUGCAGGACAAGGACGGCUACAGGAUGAAGUUUGCCUGCUAUUACCCCCGUGUGGAGUAUGGCUUCCAGGUUAAAGUUCUCCGAGAAGAUGGCAGAGCUGCCUUCCGCCUCUUUGAAACCAAGAUCACCCAAGUCCUGCAUUUCACCAAGGAUGCCAAGGCCUCAAUAGGUCAGACCCGCAACUUCCUGGUCCGGGCCUCUUGUCGCCUUCGCUUGGAGCCCAACAAGGAGUACUUGAUCAUGGGCCUGGACGGUGUCACCAAUGACCUCAAGGGAGACCCCCAGUACUUACUGGACUCAAAUAGCUGGAUCGAGGAGAUGCCUUCUGAGCGCCUGUGCCAGAGCACCCGCCAGCGGGCAGCCUGCGCCCAGCUCAGAGAUUUCCUCCAGGAGUACAGCACCCAGGGAUGCCAGGUGUGAGGGCGCUGGACACUGGAUGUCUG